UAAAGCCAGGGCUUUCACCCACUCCAGCUUCAGUCUUAAACAUUCCUCAACUUCAGCUGUCAGGUUAAGCGCUUCACUCUGAAAUCAUGGCCAAGGACAUGACUCUGCUGUGGGGCUCCGGAUCUCCUCCCUGCUGGAGGAUAAUGAUUGCUCUGGAGGAGAAGAACCUGCAAGGAUACAACCAAAAACUGCUGUCCUUUGAGAAGGGGGAGCACAAGUCAAAGGAAGUCAUGGACAUUAACCCCAGGGGUCAGCUUCCUGCCUUCAAAUGUGGGGAUGUACCCGUCAACGAGUCCUGUGCUGCAUGCUUUCAUCUGGAGUGCAAGUACAAGUCGCAGGGAACCAAGCUGAUCCCUGACUGCGAGGCUGGGCUAGCGCAGAUAUUGCAGCGUGUGUUUGAGGUUAACGCGCUCGUUGAGAAAUCAUCAAGUGUUAUCUACUACAACAGGCUUUCUGAACAGCGUUACCCCAAACUGGCAGAAUACUAUAAAGGUCUGAUGAACAGACCCAGCAUCAAAGCCAGCUGGCCUCCUACUUGGAAGAACGCACCGAAACAGGAAGCAUUGAAAGACAUCUGAGAUUCAGGCGCUCAUUUGUUACCACUCCUUGCACUGCACUAGUGAUUCAUAUACAUUUUUUAAAAUAUAAUUUGUGACAAUAAUGUGUGAUUAUUACUGUGCUGUGACCAAAAUAAGCAAUAAAAACUGAGUUUUAAUUUUAUAGCUCAA